AUGACUUAUGCUACAAGACUUUUAACUCGAAGGCAAACGCAAGGAAACAAUAAACAAAAUGAUGAUAUAAAAUCUAAUGGAGUUAAAAGAUCAAAAGCUAUUGCUAAAAAUGGUUCGAACAAGGGUCGUUCUUUACGGUCUAGUGUCAAUAACUCACUAAACUGUACUAAAAAACGAGAAGAUAUUGGUAUCAAAAAAGUUAUGGUAGCUGACAUUUUAGCCAUCAAAAGUAAUGAUAAUGAAGAAUACGCAUUAUUAUCUUAUAAAGAUGCUAAUUUGAUACCAAAUUGGCAACCUGUACGAAACCUUCGAAAUGCGACGGCUCUCAUUGAAAAAUUUUGGCGAAAUCAAGCUUCUCAAACCUGUCGAUUAGUUAAUGAAACAGACUCCUCUUCAAAUAUGGUUGAGGAUAUUGAUGAUAAUUUAAAAGUAAUUCAAACUAAUAAUGAUGGUAAAACUGAUGAUAGUAAAGACUUUAAAAUUUAG